AUGAAGCACCAAUACACUUACCUCCUGAUAACGAAGCCGCCUGAGCCAGCUUCCAGGACGGCAACGUUGGCAUUCAUUGACGGGCGCGCAUCUUACAUAUUACAAACUCUUCGUUACUGCUAUUCACUUCACUCAACUACCUCAGCCCUUACCUUGAAGCCUAGCUACAACAAACUGGAAAACCCCCGCCCCCAAACUGAAACCCCAUCCCCAUCGCCCUCCCCAUCUGCUCCUCGCUCAACUUCCAACCCAUCCGCCUUAUUCCCGAACGCCUCUGUACUAACCGCCGGCAGAGCAAUACAAACACCCUCAAACACCGCCUCCGGAAUCCUGACGCACUCACAUAACCUCGCCUCCCCCCACUCGUGUCCUCCUCUCCCCUGA